UCCGCGGCAGGGAGGAGUGGCGGCAGUACCAGUCGGAGCGCGACGCCACGAUCCUGCGGCUGGUCCACGCGCUGCACGACCACAUAACCUCCAACAAGACGCGCCUGGGCGAGGCCGCGCGGCAGAGCAUGCACAACAUCAGCGAGUCGCUCAAGUCCCUGCUGCAGCAGUCGGCGCACCCCGAGCACAUGCCUGACCGCGUCGCGCCCCGCGUCCCCGUCAGCCUGACGCGAGCCGCGACCAGGCCGGCCGACCUGCUCGCAUCCCACCCCUCCCUUUCCCGCGCUGGUGACGAUCGCCACAAGGGCACCGUGUCCCAUCUGCGCCAGGCAUCGCUCGCGGACGGCGCCCAUCGAGAUGACCACCGCCUGGGCAGCCAGCUGGCCCGACAGCUCACACAGCAGUCGAUUGAUCCUCAGUUUGUGGCGGAGGAGGAUGGCACUUUUGCGUCUCCCUCUUCUGAGGCCUCGCCGCGGUCCCCGGGGCCCGGGGAGCCCCUGCUGGCAUCCACACUGAGCCGGGCGCUGUCCAGCAGGCCCCCGCCGGCGGCAGCGAUCAAGGACCAGCCCGCGGCUGGCGCCCGGCGGCUGAGCGGCUCCAGGAGCAAUGCGGCUCAUGCCUUUCGCCGCGCAUCGACGCUGGCCGCGGUGCUGCGCCCGCCGCACCGAACGGCGUCAGCACCCACCGGGAGGCCGGCGCUGGCGACGGCCAGGAGGCCGUCAGUGAGGCGCAGCGCGAGCGCGCAGCUGGCGGGCGGGACGCAGCAGUAG